GGUGACUGAACUUAUAAAUACUACUCUGAUGACCCUUCAUUUCGCUCAGCAAGCUCCACAAAACCCUCAAAUCCUCUCCAGGUCAUCUUUCUCACUUUCCCACCGGCAGCAUGAUGUUCAACAUACCAGCAGUCAUCUCCCUCUGUUUCGCUCUUCAGGUCUUGGGACACGACCCAUCCACAGACCCGUUGACAUUAUACACAUUGACUGCCGACAAUAUCACUGCCACAUUCAUUCCCUAUGGUGCCCGGCUGACAUCAUUGUUGGUCCAGGACCGUGAUGGCAACGACCAGGACAUUGUCCCAGGCUAUGACCUUCCAGAAGAGUACGUCAAUGACACGGCCACAUACCAUUCCUAUUUCGGUCCUAUUGUUGGUCGAUAUGCAAAUCGAAUAAAGAAUGGAACCUUUGAGCUCGGCACCGAGACAUUCCACAUUCCAACCAAUGAAAAUGAUGGCGCUGACACUCUCCAUGGUGGUGAUGUCGGGUAUGAUCAGCGGAAUUGGACUGUGGUGGCCAACUCAAGUUCGAGUAUCACGUUCAGUCUGCUUGAUACUGGAUACGAAGGCUUCCCUGGCACCGUCCUGACUGUUGCAACGUACUCGUUGAGCAACGCCCCGAGUGGCCCUCGAGGUGAAUUACGUCCUCGUCUGACAACAUCAUUGGUCUCUCAUGCACUCGAUGAAGCAACCCCAAUUAUGUUGGCCACCCAUUUCUAUUGGAAUCUCAAUGCUUUCAAGCAAGAGAACAUCUUGGAAGACACCACAUUAUGGAUGCCAUAUUCAGAUCGUUAUAUUGAAGUUGACCCUAUCUUGAUUCCUACCGGCGCUAUUGGCUCUGUUGCCGACACACCUGCCUUGGACUUCACCCAGCCCAAAGUCCUUGCUGAAUCCAUUGCCAAAGCUCAAGGGCUUUGUGGAAACAACUGUACUGGAAUCGACAAUGCCUUCAUAGUCGAUCGACCAGUCGGUGGCGGAUCCACCUCUUCCGCGUACCCAGUCCUGUCUCUGUGGUCUGAAACUACAGGCAUCCGUCUCGAUGUGUCCACCAACCAGCUGGGGAUUCAGUUGUAUAGUUGCAAUGGUCAAAAUGGGACGAUCCCCAUCAAACCAAGUCAGCAAGAGCGGAACAACAACUCAGAGAGUGCCACAUCAUUCGUCAACCAGUACAGCUGUCUUGCGAUUGAGCCACAGGUGUAUAUUGAUGGUAUCAAUCAUCCAGAAUGGGGUGUGGAUGAAUAUGAGGUCUUCUCGGCUGAGACGGGACCAGCGGUAAAUUUUGCCACAUAUGACUUUUCAACAUUUUGA